GAAUAAAUAAAAAAAAAACCUCACUAGAACUAGAUAGAUAUAACUCUCACUUCCUCAUUUCAAAUCUCCUUCCCUCUCUCUCUAUCUCUCUCUGUCGCUCGUUGCACAACCCUAACGACUCUCUCCGUUGGCAUUUCCUAACCAAUCAGGAGAUGACAGCUGUCCACCCGCCUCCGACCUCCGGCCGCGAGCUCGCCAACCCGCCGGCCGACGGGAUCUCCAACCUUCGCUUCUCCAACCACAACGAUCACCUGCUUGUCUCCUCAUGGGAUAAGAGUGUGAGAUUGUACGACGCGAGCACAAAUGUUCUGCGAGGAGAGUUCAUGCAUGGCGGGCCCGUCCUUGAUUGCUGCUUCCACGAUGACUCUUCUGGCUUCAGUGCCAGCGCCGACCAUACUGUCAGAAGGCUAGUUUUCAACCAUGGCAAAGAGGAUAUCUUGGGAAGGCAUGAUGCACCUGUUCGUUGUGUUGAGUACUCUUACGCGGCAGGGCAAGUGAUUACUGGUAGUUGGGACAAAACUCUCAAGUGUUGGGAUCCUAGAGGUGCAAGUGGCCAGGAGCGCACUCUUGUUGGAACAUACCCUCAACCUGAGCGUGUUUACUCUUUAUCCCUCGUUGGAAAUCGUCUAGUCGUGGCAACUGCAGGAAGAAAUGUAAAUGUCUAUGAUUUACGAAAUAUGUCUCAACCUGAGCAAAGGAGGGAAUCUUCUUUGAAGUAUCAGACUAGAUGUGUGCGCUGUUACCCUAACGGAACAGGAUAUGCUCUUAGUUCUGUUGAAGGACGGGUUGCAAUGGAGUUUUUUGAUCUCUCAGAAGCUAGUCAAGUCAAAAAAUAUGCAUUUAAGUGUCACCGAAAAUCAGAGGCUGGAAGAGACAUUGUUUAUCCAGUAAAUGCCAUUGCAUUUCACCCUAUUUAUGGUACUUUUGCUACUGGAGGUUGUGAUGGUUUCGUGAAUGUGUGGGAUGGGAACAACAAAAAGAGGCUGUAUCAGUACUCGAAAUACCCAUCGAGCAUUGCAGCACUCUCAUUUAGCAGAGAUGGUCGUCUUUUGGCUGUCGCAUCAAGUUACACGUUUGAAGAGGGAGAUAAGCCACAUGAACCGGAUGCAAUAUUUGUACGCAGUGUAAAUGAAAUAGAAGUCAAGCCUAAGCCAAAAGUGUUCCCAAAUCCUCCAGCGUAAUUUUUGUUAAGACAUCCAUGUUUGUUCUAUAGUGUUUUUAAAUACGCGAUCUUUUUUAGUACUCUGUAUAGGCUUCAUUUCCUACUGAUGAAGCUUGUCAAAAUUCUGAAAACUGUUUUUGUAUCAUAGUUUGCAAGUUCUUUAUUAACUUGUAUUCUUGUGAACUAAUCUUCAUAGCAUAGUCGUUCAAUGAAAUCGUUUUGUUUU